AUGGCUUUUGAUACGAACAAUCUCGUGCUGCGCAUCAGGAGACUAGUGCGUUCCUCCAUCAGACUUGGGUAUCAUUCUGCUUGCCGACACCCUGAAGCGCUCGGCGCCGGCAUAGCGUUGUUGUUUCUUCAUGCUCUGUGUCCUCCUCUGUUCGCCUUUGUGCUGUCUUCCUCUCCGGUCAUCGUUUUAACCGCGCUUCUUCUCGGAGCGCUUUUGAGUUACGGUGAAGCUGCUGUGCCCUUGGAUGGAGAGGAGACACUGGAGGAGCAUGAAUCUCUGUCCCUUAAAUCCAACAUUCAUGUUAGCGGCUGUUCAGACAAAGAGGUUGAGAAUAUUGCUGUCGAGGUUCAGUUGGAGAAGAGAACUGAGACUGACAGCUGUGAAGUAGUACAUGUCAGGGAGAGAGCUUCCGAUGAUUGUAUGCACGACGCUCUGUGCGAAGACAAAAAUGUCACAUACAUUGCCUCUGAUGCUGCUGUUCUUAGUGAAGCAUAUGUUGAGGAGGAAACAACUCCCAGUGAUAAUUUGCAUGAUACUCACUGUGAAGAGAAAAGGGUCACAUUUGUGGCAGAUGAUACUGUUCCAAGUGCAGAGCCUUGUAACCAUCCUGAGAUCAAUGGCACCAUGGAAUGCGAAGAGCGCGCCAAGGAAAUCAGCGAGAAGGCCGAGCUGCAAGAGCCUGAAAGCACCUGUACUGGAAGCUGUAACGACGGUGUACACUAUCAGUAUCAGUUUGGUGAAUUCAUGAGAUCAUGUUGGCAACCUGUUAUGAGGCAGGAUCUUCCUUACUGUGGCUCUGAAUCUGAUCUUACUGAUGAGAGCUCUUCUCCUGACGCGUCAAUGACCGACAUUAUCCCAAUGCUUGAGGACCUGCACCCACUGAUAAAUUUAGGGACUGGUCAGCUUUCCUUGGCCUCCAGAGAGAACUUGAAUUCCUCAUCAGAUGAAAAUGAAUAUGACCUUGAGGAGGCGGAGGAGCAGGACGACAGCGUUAGCUCAGAUGAUGAUGAAGGAGCGGAACGGCAGCAAGAUAACGGAGUUAAUUGGAAGGAUGUUGUUCAGCUAAAUUGUUUGGAUAUGGAGCAAAAUGAUAAAUUGGGGAAUCUGGUGGAGCUUCAAAGAGCAAAGAACAUGCUCAAGUUUGAGCUUGACAUGAGGUCAAUUGACCUGCAAGCUGCUGACGCAACUCGGAAGCUGAAGGAUGCAUCAAGAUUCCGUGUUCAGGUCCCUUCCAUUUGCACACCAAGGCAUAACCCAUUCAACCCUUCAAGAGAUUCUGAGGAAUCGAUAGAGUUGCCGCAGAUUCCUGGCUCAGCACCAUCAGUUCUCCUUCGACGGCGAAACCUAUUUGAUCUUCCGUUCGACCGAGUCGUGCACCAGCACAGUCGAUUUCAGGAAACUUGGACUCCUCGCUCGCACUUUCCAUCAGCGCAAGCACAAAACACGAAGUACAGGAACUCUUUUGGACAAAAUCACUCUACUUAUCUGCCAUGUCACAAUGGUGAGAUGGGCGAUAGUCACUCGGACGGCGAUGCUGAGCAAGAAGAGAGCAAUGGUAAGCUAUUUGGUUUGCUGGAAGCACAUUUAGGCGAAGAGAUGAAAAUACUAAGUGCCGCAAUUUCAGACGUGGGCGUGCUGGGAGAGGUAAAUCAAGAAACAGACGAAGGAAACAGAAACGCUAAUGCCAGAGAUGAUGCAGCCUCAUUACCCGGAGCACAUGAUUCUGAACCGCACGGUGUGGAAGCAGACUCCAUGAGUGAAAUGAACUCACUGUUCAGGUGCCGUAUGGAGGAGGUGCUGGUGCAGUCCGUUUCAGAGGGCAGUGUCUGUCAGCCCUUGGGAGUCAAGCCUGAAGCUAUACCGAGUGCCCCAUUAUCUUCGGACUCGUGGAUGCAUGCCAACAAAGCGAGUUCGAUCGAGGAAUUGAAUUUUCAGCUCUUGACAGCCGAUGAAGCAGCACCGACGACCUGUGCUGCCUCUGGGCUCAAUGGCCACAGUGAGUCGAUUCGAGACCAAUCGAGCGAAGCAUUGCCUGUGGUAUACGAGCAGAGUUCAGAGCUGUCAACCGCAGGAGAGCAGCAGACUGCAGGUAUGUCUGAACCAAAUGAGACAUUGGCUACUUAUUCUGACGAGCUUCCUGUCGUAGAAGUUGUCAAUGUCUCGGUCGAGGAGAUGAACUCGCUGUUCGAGCAACUUGAAGAAGAGGCGCAGCCGAGCAAUGGUCGUAGCAAAAUGGACAUUCCUCAAGAUGGAUUGUGUCAAGUGGAGGUCGAUCUAGUGGAGCUUUCUCUAGAUCGCGGGUUGUCGGCGCCGUAA